CAUAUUAACAGAUCAUAGUAACAUCGAUCAUAGAAAAGGCGUCCAUGUUGUAGGAGUGAACAAUAGCUACUACACCUCACAGAAUACGGUACUCUGUCUGAAAACGAUGUUUCUUCUKGGAACCAUUAUGAGUCCAAAGUUUGCAAUUAUUCUGUUGCUAAUAGUCUUCUUGGUAGAAGCACGACGWGGCCGAAUCGAAAAAGAUCCCAACGACCRCCCAGAAUCUGAUUCUGAGGAAGAAAAACMAGAGAAARUAGAAAUCAAAGCCGAACCUUCCGCCACUUCAAGAGGAGCCCUUGGUCAAGGAUUUGAAAUCCAMAAAUUUGAUUUACUAACCAAGCAACUCAAAGCAACCGGUGCAAAAAUCUUUGAGGACCUUCCAAUAGACGAAUGUGUGGUAAGCGAUAAACUUGGUCAAAUCCAAAAAGAUGACUCAUUCUACAGMAGUACAAAGUCACUUUUCCRAUCCAUCUCAASUAACACAAAGGUUGAUGCAAGUAUGGAGGGYGCAUACAGUCUUGAKGCGUCGAUAGAAGCCGUAACAAACAAUAUGGCCUCAUCAGAAACCGAAGUGCAAGGUCUGUCGCUUAAUCUCGUCGCUUAUAGCUUGUCAUCUGCGCUCAAGAAAGACUGCAUUAACAAGAAACCCCUCGUUAAAGAUCUCGUGGAGGCCUUUGAAKCUCUUCCAAUGGAAAUUAAAAAACCAUGGUUGAAGUCUUCAUGGAAAGAGUACAAGGUAUUUUUAGAGAAGUACGGAUCCCAUUUUGYUAAAGAAUCAAUCUCAGGCUCCAGUAUCUAUCAAUAUGUGUUUGCCAAAUCUGACAARAAGUUCAGCCAGAAMGAUUUCACUGUCAAGGCCUGCGUGUCAUUAGCUGGUCCUACGCAAGCAGGAAAAGUUGGGGUCUCUGCUUGUUCGGGAGUGACUAAAAAGGACRUCGAGAAAUCCUCUUCUCAAGAAAUGACAAAAAAAUUAGUUGUCCGAGGUGGUAAAUCAGAUACAAGAGCAGAGUUGUCGGGUGAGCUUAAAGAAGAGCAAAUCAACAAAUUUAUGAAGGAAGCCGAAACCGACCCAUCACCUAUCAGAUAUCACUUCGAACCAAUGUACAAACUUCUCAAAUCGAGGUACAUUGGAACGGACCACUUCGCUAAAGCAAAUAAUCUGGAGCAAUUUUACAAAGGCUAUCUSGGUUACGACUGCACCUACCAAAAAAACAGCGAYGGUCUAGUAACACAAAAAUUCGUUCUUGAUGAAGACAGCGAUCCAGAAUCCCCAACUUACGUGUGCARAAUUCGUCCAGAAGGAUGUCAGGAUGAUGAUGACUGUCACUACCGGGUAGGCGUGUGGUGCUCAUGCUACGGUGAUUCUUGUAUACACUACAAAGAAAAAGAACUCCCCUCUGGACAGACAAAGAUAUCAACCGAAGUAUUCGAGAAAGACGUCGACUGGAACGACUCAUCAUGCCAACUUAAUACUUGGUUAAACUCCUGCUGGUGUACAGGCAGGAGGAAAAGCUGGAAAUCGACCUGGAGAGGAGAAGAACUCGAUGAUGGUAUCAAUGAUGUCCACUCGAUAUUAUUAGAAAAGAACCGCCGUGAUCAAGCGAAGCGAAAGCUUCACAAACCUCACUGUGCUAAAGUAAUCAAACAAGAGUAAAGACAUUGUAAUGGUGUAACACUUAAAUGAAUUAAAUAAAAUCGCACUUGAAUUAAA